AUGGCUUCAUUUCCUAUUGAAAUCCUUGAGAUGAUCAUCGAAGGUCUUGUUUCGCCUUUGAUGCACAAUGAUACCGCUUUACCCCGUCUGGCAAAUGAAGAACGACAGGACGUUUACAAUGCUCGGCAAACCUGUCGAGCCUUCCGGGACGCUUCCCUGAAAGCUUUUGCAUUGGUUAUUGGCGAUGUUCCAUUCUUUUUCGAAUCGGAGAGUCUUACUCGGACGCGUAGGCUCCUGCAGAUACCUCAGCUUGCACAGAAAGUUACGAUGCUUACAUUAGGUGGGCUUCGAAUUCAGUCCCAAGGGGAUACAUACCCACAGAUGGGCCAAGUCAUACUUCAUCUCAUUUACAUUUUCGAUAGUGUUCCUCGCCUGAACCAUUUGAGGUGUCUGCCAGAUAUGCAACUGCCAAUGGACGUGGAAUUAUAUGAUUUGUAUUACGCAGGACGCGUCGAAUGGGGCGGAGAGAAUCGAUUCACGGAUUAUUUGCAGAUCUUGAACUGCGUCCAUGCGAUCUUGCAAGCAUGUUCACGCUCGCAACUCAUUGACCGCAUCGGCAUAUAUAGAUCAGAUGAUGAUAGCUCAUCAAUCCACCUCGCCGGCGAUGGCAUCUUGAUUCCAUACCAAUAUCCAAACCUGCAGCACUUGACUGUUCACAUGGAAUAUCUACUUCCAGCAAUCGCGGAUUCGAUAGAUCUUCCUCUCGCAGUUAGUGCCGAAGCCCACAUUCCCUGUCUACAAUCUCUCCAUUUGAUUAUGGAUAAUCACCUUCUGGAGAUCGAUUCGAAUGACUACCCCCCAAAUCUACUGCUGGAACACUUCGCAAAUUUCAAGCCACAAGACAUCCUCUUAACAAGUGCUAGGCGUGCAUACUGGUCGCACACCGAACUAUCAUUUAUUGUCCAAUCUUUAUGCCAUCAAGAGACUCCCGUGCGGCGACUUACACUUCGUAUUGAAGGAGUUGAAGAACACUGGAUCGACCAUAAAUGGGACAUGCGCUACGAAGCAAGACCCCGCAUAAUGGAAGUAGUCCUGGAAGAUCUCGCGGGCCAUCAGCAAUCUGAGGCAGUCCAAACUGCCGACGACUGGUAUGUGGCGAGAAUUUGUGAAAACGGUUGGGAUACGGUUCCAUGGCUUUGCGAAUGCGCCGAUGUUGUGCGUGUCGUUAAUUGUGGUAAGGAGACGACCUUCAAAGAAUGGCCACAAUGGGUUUACGCCAAGAUCGAGGCCAUGGGGUGGUAG